CUCUUGCGUUGCGUGGGGCGCGGCCUGGUUUCUCGAUGCGUGCGAGGUAGUCUGCUGAGAGGAUGGGCAAGCCGCUGUGCAUAGCCAUACUGAAUCGAGGAGGAGGAAGGAGUUUGAGAGCGAAGCUUUUCGAGCACCUUAGAGGCACACCCCCUUUGGCAAGGACGCAUGAGGCUUGCACGCGUGGCCAGGGCAUACCGUUCCCUUUGUCUGUGUCCCCUUGUCUCAAUCUGAACAAAGACACAGACAUGGGAACGGUUGCCCGCAGGCCUCGGCGCGGGGGAGCCCGGGGCGCUGAUUACACCGACAUCAUACGCUAUAUGCAUGUCAUCGGGGAGUCGGAGGGACCGAGGCUGCACACUUUGAACAGCGGCGUCAGAAGAAGGCUGCCAUGCGAUAGUUUGUGUGCAUGCAGCCUAGCCGAGUUUUUGGGCGCUAGCCAAGCACACAACGUAGCCGACAUAGCCGGUGUGCGUCUGGUGCUGGCGAUGUACAACCGAUGCUGCUUCUGAUACUGUAUGUGUGCAGAGGUGCUCGAGAUAUGUACUGUUCCCACAAGUUACAACGCAAAACCUCAAGUCCAGGAAGAUCAUCUCGCUUAUAACGGUGGCGCAGGGGUAUAAUCUCGGCAUUGGGCCAAGGUGGCUAUGGACACAUUUUCGACUGCAGCUUUCGACCAAUAGCACUCAAACGAGGCAGUAUACAGACCGAGUUUCUUGAAUAUCUGCAAAGUUGAACACGAGUGGCUACCGCCGGUCCCAAAGUCGCCGGUUUGCAACCGAUCCGCGUGCACGCUGAUCAUGCCACCCGACGAAGCCUGACGAUCGUCUUUUGAUGCUGAUUUCUUGUCAUCUCCGUCCAGAGUCCGCUUCAAGCCUUCAACUCCUAAAUCCGAUUCUGCAACUAGAUUUCUUGGGGCGGCCUGGCUACGCUGUGAGGAUAUCCUCAGGCUCAUGGAGAGUACAAUCAGAUCCCGUGCAAGGGGGGCCUUUUGCAAACACCCGGAUGACCUGGUGGGGCGUGUCAAUGGAGUAUCGGAAUCCUUAUCUAUGUGCGGUCUCGUCGGCAAACCACAGCAGGUGAUCGCUCUUCUAUCUGCGAACCCCCGGUCCCCAUGCGCCUACCGUCCCUGCUCGUCGUCUUCGCCGCUGCCGGCUCCGUCCUUGCUGCGCCCAAGCAAGCUUCUUCGGAUCAUGCCUGAUGAUGGUUGGCAGGACCCACCUCCUUGGAAGCGCGCUACCGAUGUCGUAUAUCCAUCCGACGCAGCCAACUCACAGAUCGCAGGAUGCUCCUCCCUGGAAGCGUAGCCAAGCGACCGUGGCCGACGCGCCCCCUUGGAAGCGUGUGCAGCCAACUGAUGCUUGAAGACUGGGACGGCGUGCACGAUGAUACUCGAAGUCGCGUGUACGAGCGUAGAUUCCUUAGUUAUAGCUAUCUAUACCGAUGAACAUAAUGCGUCUCCUCCUGCAACUGUUUUUGCAGCCGAAGGUCCUGAAUGUGGCGACCACGACAGGCGAGUCUGAUAUGCUUUGAAAGCCAAUCGGGAAGGCACCGCUCUUUUUCUGGGACGCCGCAUAUUCGCUUGGAUGUCUAUUUGAAGUCUAUUUACACGGAGAACCACCAGAGAUUCGAACGGGCUUCGCAUGACGUUGACAGACGUCGAAGACACGUCUAAUUGCACACAUACCGGAUUCAAAUGCAGGCGCGUCCCCUUCAGCUGCUCCCUGCUUCCUCCUGCUUCCUGCCUUCCCUCCCUCCCUCUCCUUAUGCACCCAUGCCGGUGCAACAUUUCACGCUCGCCAAAUUCAAACCAGAACUGACGGAGGAUGAGCGCACCGACGCGUACCGCACCGUGUUCUCCCUGCUUGUCGCGGGCCUCGCCAUCCCGGGCUUCAAUGCGUUCAAGGUUGGCCCGCCGCUGAGCCCGCGCGGGGCGCGUGGAUAUGAAUUCGCCAUUACGGUCGAGUUCCAGGAUCUGAAAUCGUUCACUGAAUACAUCCCGCACUCUCACCAUCGCACCGUUGCCGACUUCAUCAACAACUUUUCUGAGGGCACACCGCUCUCGUACCAGAUCGACACCACAAGACUCGCCAAACUGUAGAACCGCCUCGUUAUCUUUCCCCUUGUUUUGCGCUCCCAACCAUCUGUACCAUCCCCACGCAUUGCUAUCGUUAUCAUCACCUUGAUUCUUUCUUUCUGUGUGAAGCGCUAUUUCCAUGAUACAUGGUACUGGAUUCAUACGCCGUCCUUGCAUUACAGCAAUCCAAUGUGUAUAUCAUCCUCGUUUUCAACGAUCUGAGCACCGUGAAAUGGGUCGGUGUUGUCCAGCAUGUAACCGUCUUGCAGAGACCCUGCCUCGACAGCAGGACCCGGGACGAUACACAGGUCACACAUCGCGGGGUAUCUCUCCUGCGAGCGCGAGCUCUCUGCGGCACCUCUGGCACGCACAUUCGAAAUACCAGUGGGCGCGGAGCUGCUCCCGUCUCUCCGACACGCUGUCCUUGAGAUCGACAUAGUUCGUGCACAGUUCCUCGUCCUUCUCGAUGUCCCUCGUGGUGUAGAAGUGCAGCGCCCGCCCUUCUCUCCGCUUGCGCACAUUCGGUUCGCAAUCUGCCAUACAGAAUAAGGAGAGAGGAGCGAGGAACAGCGAAGGCGAGGACAUACCGUGGUUGAAGAACGAAGCCGAUACGUACAUGCACCAGCCGAACAUCUCGCUAUCGCCCGUCUCGUUCAUCUCGAACAGCCCGAAGACGUUCCCCGGAUCCCGCGCGAGAACGGCGCGCACCGCGGCCGGGGUCUCGACGUAGGGCUUCAGGCACUCGAGAACUGGCGAGGAGCACACGGCUUGGCGGAUGAAUGCGAAUAUGCGGACGUGCGACGGCAGAGCGUGCGGCUUGCUUCGGUAAUAGGGAAGCUCGUUGUCCUGAAGCUCCAGCAGAUCAGGCCAGUUGUUGAGAGGCGUCCCAGAGGAGUUUUCAUCGUCAGUAUGUCGGCGAAUAAGGGCGGAUAGAACGAAGCGGACUGUUUCCAGCUCUAGUUCUUCCAAAGGCAGGCGAACGCUUGUCGGACCCUGGGCCGCGUUUUCCCAGGCAGAAUCGAUAGAAGUCUGCGAGAUCCCAGGAGAGUUCUCCGCAAGGGCGGAAUGUGCUGAUGCGGUGGCGCCCCGUUUCCCGUCAGCCUUCGAUAAUUUGUCCACCGCGGCGUUGACAGUCAAGGUCAUCGGCCCGCCGCUCCAUUCUUGACGACAGGUAGAGCUGCAGAACCAGACACCUGCCCCCGGCACUUCGUUUCUAAUGUUCCAAGCAUUCCGGCGGACAUCGAAGGAGUACGCGAAACACUGCGCACAGACUUCUUUGCGAAACUCGCGAUAGAUGACCGAUCCAUACGGGCCAGGGCACGUGUGUAUCAGGGUUCCAGCGGGGAUGGCGCUGUUGGCGAAGACGCCUCUACCCCCGUACCAAGUCGAUUUUCGUGUGAAGAGAUCGGAGGCCAUUCGCUAUCGAUAUCCCAAGAUUCAUCUUGGAGAGAAGGAGAUGAUCACGAAUCACGUGUGAUCAGGCCAAACAAGGCCAAGCGCGCCAAUUGAGUCCCAUUUUGUUUCCUACCUCGCACGACGGGGCUGAACGCAUCGUCGCACGCGACGCUAGAUGGCGAAGCGCGUGGAGUCUUCGGAAGACGGCGAUAUGAACUCUAGUCCUGAACCCGCCCGUGUUAAAGGCGGCAAGACGCGUCCUGGUGGCAAAGGAAAGGCGCGCGACGAAGAGACCUCUCCGCGUGGAGCCAAACGAGCACGCGUCAAUGACGCAGGGGACUCUGCUCAUAGAGAAGAUGAGGAUGAGGAUGAUGGAGAAGUGGAACCGAGUGAGGGUGCGGAUGAGGAGCAAGCAGGAGACGACGACGACGACGAAGCUCCCCCAUCUCGUGUGCGCGUCAAAACACUCCCUCGCGACGUCGAUGGGUAUAUCCCGGGCUCCAUCGUCCGCAUCAACCUGCGCAACUUCGUCACCUACGACGCGGUGGAGUUCUGCCCUGGGCCCUAUCUUAACAUGAUUCUGGGACCAAACGGAACGGGAAAAUCGUCUAUCGCCUGCGCGAUCUGUCUCGGCCUGAACUGGUCGCCUGCGAUCCUGGGCCGCGCCAACGACCUGAACGAAUUCGUUAAGAUCAACACCCAAGAAGGGCACAUCGAGAUCGAGCUCAAGGGGCCUGCGGGGGAGCCGAACCUCGUGAUCCGCCGCAAUAUCACCUCUCGUGCGAAGAGCUCGACGUUCACCCUGAACGGCAAGGCGGCGACGGGCGGCGAGGUCAGCGCGAAGGUAGCCAAGCUUAAUGUGCAGGUCGGCAACCUGUGUUCGUUCCUGCCGCAGGACAAAGUCAGCUCGUUUGCGGCCAUGUCACCUGUCGAGCUGCUGAGGGAGACGGAGAAUGCGGCCGGCGACGAGAGACUCAAGAGUUGGCAUGAUACUCUCAACGACGCAGGGAAGGAACUAAAGCUUGUCUCCACCACUAUUACUGAAGAAACGACGACCAUGGAGACCAUGAAGACUCGUAACGAGGGCAUACAACGUGACGUCCAGCGGUACCGUGAACGAAAGAAGAUUGAACACGAGAUCACCCUGCUGCGCGUGCUCAUCCCCAUUCAAGAGUACCGCGAGGCACGCGAGCUGUACGGGACCCUAAAAGACAAGCAGCGGGCCCAGCACGCCAAAGUCUCCAAGUUGAAGGAAAAGAACGCUCCAGCGCAUGCGUAUCUCAGGAAACUGGAGAAACAAGUGGAAGAGCUGUAUCAAGACCGUGAUUCUUCCAAGAAGGUUCUCAAACAGAUACUCGAUAAGAGCGAGAAGAGCACCAGGAAGGCUCUGCAACUUGAAUCCGAGCACGACGAUAUCCAGAACAAGAUUGAUAAUCUGAAGAAGAACGAAAAGAGCCGGGUGACUCAGAUGAAAGCCUUGGAGGACAAGAUCCAGAAGCUGACUGCCGAGCUGGAAAAGGAUGUGAAGGGCGAUGUCGAAGCCGUUGUCAUGGAGGAGAAGAACCAAGCCAAGGCUGAAUUCGCGCGAAGCCCAUACCACUCGGAGCUGGACCAGGUCAACCGCCGGUCCGGGGCGCUACAGCAAAAACGACAAGCGAAUGAACAUCGCAAGAACCAAGCAUACACCCGCCAGCGGGAACUUGCCUCCACGGACGGCCAGAAGCUCGCUGCAUUCGAGGCAUGGGACAAGAACUCUGCGAUGGCCGUCGUUUGGCUCCGGCAGAACCGGGACAAGUUCCAGAUGCAGGUUUUCGAGCCCGCGGCGCUCAGUGUGACUGUGCGUGAUGCGAGGUUUGCGUCAAUCGUUGAGAAUGCGCUCGGGUCGCAAGCACUCAAGACCUUCGUGUGCCAAUGCCAAGAGGAUAGCGACACCCUCAACAAGUUCAUCAACGACGAUAAGGUGCUUGGCCCCCGAGUUCGUAUCUCGGUCUGGUACGGCAGCAGGCAGGGCACAGGGCCUAUCACGCCGGAAUCCGUCAGCCCCCAGCCCCUGAAUCCGGAAGAAUUGAAGCGAUUCGGAUUCAGUGGAUAUGCCAGUGACUUCAUCGAAUGUCCGGCAGGCAUGGAGUUCUAUCUCUACAGCGCAGUCAACCUGCAUCGAGCGCCGGUGACUCUGCAGCCGCUUCCGCCGAACAGCAUCCAGACGAUCAUAGACACGCUCGGUCAGGAUGGCCGCGCCAGAUUCUAUGAGGGAAGCACCGUGCAUCACAUCUCACGGUCUAAAUAUGGUCGAAGGGCGCUGGGGACGUCGUCCAGCACGAUUGGACCCGCUAAGAUGUUCGGCAGAGUGCAAGUGAAUCCGGCCGACAAACAGCGUGUUGACGAAGCAAUUCAGCGCUGCCUCGAGGAGGAGAGCCAGCUGGAGCGGGAAUACAACGAGCUGAAAGAUGAGCGGGGAAGAUUGUCGGCGCUGCAGAGGGAUUAUAAGGAGAAGCAGGAUGCCUUCGAUGUCCGGCUCAAAAAGAUCGUAGAUCAGCUGAAGCAGAGGCUCAAGACGGAUCGAGAGAAGAAGAACGCACAGCAAAAGCUGGCGCUGCUGACGAGCAAGGGGGAUUCUGUCAAAGAGGGUAAGGAGCUGCGCGGCCAGUUGGUCAAGAAUGCCACGAAGCGCGUCGACUUGGUCACUGAGGUUAUCAAAAUCUCUCACGAGAUUGUCAAGGAGCAAACACGCGCCACUUGCAUCGCACUCGAGUAUUACCAGGUUCUAGCCAAGAAGAAUGCGCUGCAGGAACUCUGUGAUCGGAAAGACGCCAAGUAUAACGAGGCCAUGGAGGUGUUCCGCAAAGUGGACGCCGAUUUCUUGCGCAUCAAGAAAGAGGCUGCCGAUCUCUUCAAGAAGACGACGGAGCUGCUGCAAGAGAUGCCCGAUGAAGUGCGGGACGAAUACCAGGAGAUCGCGGACGCCCGGGACGAAUGGGAGAAUCAGAUCACCCAGGCUAAGCAGCGCGGCCAGGAUCCCCCUGAGCCUGGGCCAAGCGUCGACCUGCGCACUGUGUUUGACCUGCAGGGGGAGCUCGAGAAGCAGCAAUCGCUGCUUCAGGCUAACACCAAUACGAAUCCGGGUCUGGUCGAGCAGUACGAGAAGCGGAAACGGGAUAUUGAAUCCCUCGAACGAAGCAUCGAGCAGAGACAGCGCCAGGCCACCAAGAUCGAGAAGCAGAUCAAGAAUGCGAGAGACAAUUGGGAGCCUGAGCUACGUGCGCUGGUGGCCAGCAUCGGCAAGAAGUUUUCGGCGGCUUUCGAUCGGAUCGGUUGUGCUGGGGAGAUCAAGAUACGUGAAGCCGAUGCGUUCGAUCAGUGGGCCAUCGACAUCCUCGUCAAGUUCAGGGACACGGAGAAGCUGCAGCUCCUGACAGCCCAGCGACAGUCCGGUGGCGAACGCGCUUUGACGACAAUCCUGUAUCUGAUGAGUCUCACGGAGGAAGCCCGUGCGCCGUUUUCGCUCGUGGACGAGAUCAACCAGGGAAUGGACCACAUCGCCGAGCGCAUGGUGCACAACUCGAUGGUCGAGGUGACGUGCAAGGAGGAGAGCGCGCAAUACUUCCUGAUCACGCCGAAAUUGCUCCCGGACCUCGAGUACCACGAGCGCAUGCGUGUGCUGUGCGUCAAUAAUGGGGAGUGGCUGCCCGAGGAGGCGGGGUUGGGCAAUAUGAUGGGCAUGAUCGAUGGGUAUGUUGCGAAGAAUCCUGGGGCGGAGAAGGGGAAGAGACGGGGGUAGUUGUUUGUGUUAUGUUAUGUUAUUUCAGAUUUAGUGCAUAGGCAUAUGACUCUCCUAGUUUUACUUACAAUUGAACCUAUGUUGGGUACAUGCAGACUGUUAAUGCCAAAAUAGACCGCACUUCCCUGCCCGGUGACGUUAGGAUGUUUUCGUGAUAGCCAGUGUUGCCUUGUGCACCCCAGAUUACUGCCAUAAUGUCGACUACGCAUCCCAGCACACAUGGGCUUGGCUUACACCCCAUUUGUCGAGUCGGAGCUAUCACCUCCGGUAACGUCACACCGACAAUCGUGGCUGCGAUGAGUGAUGACCUAAACAGAGGCCCGAUUGCAGAAUCGACGACCCGAUCGAGCUUCGAGCUUCAAGCUCGGUUCGAUGGCCAGCUGGAGAAGCACUGGGCCAGGGAGCCGACGGAUGUAUUAAGACGCGUUACGGGAUUCGAAAUCGUACUUACUUACGUUUUAGUUGAGUACUGACGAUACAUAUCUAUGAUUUUGAAUCCAAACACGAUCUUAUCGA